UCCUUCGGAAAACCCGUCGGUCAACGUAUAGUUCCUACUUGUUCCAAGAACCGAUCCAAUCCGAGUGUAAUUGUGAUCUAGAAAACCCAGCAAUAUGCCACGACCAUCUCGGGAAUCCUAUGGGGACCAGAAACCGCCCUACUCGUAUAUCUCGCUGACGGCUAUGGCCAUCUGGAGCUCGCCGGAAAAGAUGCUCCCACUGAGCGACAUCUACAAGUUCAUCACGGACCGCUUUCCCUACUAUCGGAAAAACACCCAACGCUGGCAGAACUCACUCCGCCACAAUCUUAGCUUUAACGACUGCUUCAUCAAGGUGCCAAGACGGCCAGAUCGACCUGGCAAGGGAGCCUACUGGGCUCUCCAUCCGCAAGCAUUUGACAUGUUUGAGAACGGUAGUCUUCUCCGACGGCGAAAACGCUUCAAACUGCACAAAACCGACAAGGACAUCCUGAACGAGGAACUCGCAGCCCUUGCCAACAUCAACCGGAUAUUCCUAGCGCAGAACUCCGGAGCCGACACCUAUUGUCCCACAAUGGUAGACCCAAUCCACCAGCCCAUGCUGCACUCCCCCAUCGAACCACAUUCCCCAGUAUCCGCACCGGCUCCGAUUUCGCCAAUAUCCAUAACCGAAUCCUCCACGCCCCUACGGCCCAAGCGGGCCUUCACCAUCGAGAGUCUCAUGACCCCGGACGGCCGAUCCACCCCUCACGCACAAAGCCCCAAGAAAUCCUCCAAAUCUCACAACGACAAACUGAACCUCCUGGACGACAACCCUCGGAUACCGGGACUUCUUCAAACACAAACCCUCCCACCGGCCACAUCCCUCCCCGGAGUCAAUAUCCCGCCAUUCUUUCCCUACCCGCAUCCCGCUUUCAGCGCCUACGAUCUGCCAAUUCACCCCCUUCUAAUGAUGGCUCCCCUCGGAGCCAUCCCACCUCAUUACUUUCACCAUGCAUCCUAUCACAAUCUAACGCUACCACCGCAAGGAGCAGGAGGAGGAGGAGGAGGUGGAGGACGCAGCGGUGGUGUAGGUGCGCGAACAGGUGCGAUCGACUCCGGAACCGGUUCCAGCGGUGAUGCCGGUCCAACCGACCUCAGCCGGCUGGGACACGCACUGCGAACGGUGUGAACGACGUGUGACAAAUCACACACCCGCAAUUAACCCUACUUGCGAUAGAAGGCUGUUUGUUGUUUACUAUUUGUCGGAGUUUUUUCGAUUGUUUGUAAAGUGAGUAAGUGUCGUUAGAAUUAUUAAGAUCUGCAACCUAUGCAAAGCAAAAGUAUUGAUUUUCCUUCGAUUUUACGAAAGGAAGUGACUGUAAAUCUGUCAUGAUAGCAGACCUAGACUAGAACAUAACCUAAACGAAUUGAAUACGUAACAGUUCAAAGUGUGUGUGUGUGUAUAAAAUGAUUGUACAGAGAAUACAAAGUGGAUGUUUAUUUAUCUGAACGUAGGAAUCC